CUGGAGUAUUAAAAAAACUAUUUUAUUUUAUACAGGCAUCUUCACGGAGUGCUAAACCUCCUCUCGGGGUCUUGACCAGACCCGUAUUUCCAACAUGGCGACUUUCACCGCUGGACUAUUAAAACCUUGGACACCGAGGGUGAUGGCGAUGCGAUGGAGCAGAUACAAUCCUUACUACCUGGAGCCAGAGGUGAGGAAGGAGGCGCACGACAAACAAGAAACCGAACUGAGCGAAGAGGAGAAGGCAGAGCGGGAGCUGAAGGCAGUGAGACCCAUCAAGGCAGCAACCAACAGUGUCACCAGCUCGGUUUUUGACGACCCGCUCAUCAGUAAAUUCAUCAACAUGAUGAUGAAGAAAGGAGAAAAGGUUUUGGCAAGAGAGAUCAUGACAGAGACUUUGGAGCAUAUUAAAAGGAAACAGGUGGAGAAAUACCACAAAGCUCCGGAGGAGAAGCGAGAGGAGGUUGAGUGCAACCCUUACACCAUCUUCCACCAGGGUAUAGAGAACUGCAUGCCAAUCGUGGGUCUUGCUAGCAUCAAGAGAGGUGGAAGGGUCUACCAGGUGCCUGUGCCGCUGAAAGACAGCAGACGUCGCUUCCUCGCAAUGAAGUGGAUGAUCAUGGAGUGCAGAGAGAACAAACACCGCCGCGUGCCCAUGUACGAAAAACUCUCCCAAGAGCUGCUGGUGGCCGCCGCCAAGGAGGGCGUGGUGUUCAAGAAGAAGGUCGAGAUGCACAAGAUGGCCGAAUCCAACAGAGCAUACGCCCAUUACCGCUGGUGGUAGUCAAAGACUGGAUGUUGGAAGGUGACAACGUGCUUUUGUAGAUAAUGAACACAACAAGCUGCAAUAUGACAGUGCACUAACAAGGGGUAUUCGUAUAUACAGCACACCUUGAAUUAGGAUUGUUUGCAAAAUUAAAACAUAAUAAAGCAACAUUUUUUAAACAAAA